UAAAAAUCUCUAAAAAAAUGAAACAAAACAAAACAGAUGAAAUCAGUAUUGAGUUUGGUGGAAUAAUCUUCCAGAGAAGAAGUAACUCUGAUUUUUUUCCUCUAUUUUCCCUCCCCUCCAGUUUUUGCCAUCAGACUUGCUGACCCUGAGCCCACAACAGAUUGUAAAGUUUAUAACAGUCUCUAAAGCAAAGCAGAAGCUUGCAUUUCCCAUGAUGGGUUAAUGGGAGGUCCUGGGCCAAAAGCCAAGAUCUCCUUUAUUUUCUGCUUAUUUUACUAAAGAAUUACUUUUCCUCAUUCAGGUUCCUCCUUCCUUUCUCUUCUCAUCAUCAUGAAAACCACAAGUGACAUACCCAAUGGGCAUAUUGUCAUCUUCCACUAGGAGGUUUCAAACCGGGAUGACUUGGGAAAUGGUGGUUCCAAGGACACAAACAGGGAAUUUUCAGAGAAAAGAUUUCAGCGAGGGAUGGAGAACACUUGACUAUACUAACGAGAACCAGAACAUUCUUUGGGAAAUGUUGAAAGACAGUGUUGAUGGAGCCAGCCAGGUCAUCUGUUACAUAAGCUUGUUUCAGACCCAGUACCUGAACAGGUCUGUUCUGUCUUCCUAUUGACACAUAAGGGAGAGGUAUUAUUGGAUGCACUUCCUGGGAAGGCUACAGCUGUAUCUGUCCAUCCUUGGAGACUAGAAUACGGAACUCUGUUAGAAGGAAGGAACACUCCAUCUCCCUGUCAUAAAGCGUCCUUAGCAACCAUCUACCUAGUUCAGGUCACAGACAGGGAAAGUAGAGACUGUACAGUCUUUGACUCUUUCUGGUGCAGACAAACUGGUUUGAGGAAGCUGAAGAAGAUAGUCCAGUGACACAGUUGAGACCUUAGCCAUGGCAUCUGUAUCUUAUCGAGAGCCAAUAUCUACCACAGUGGGAAAACGGAUGAUUGUUACAGGCCCAGAUUAUAAAAAGGAUCAUCUACCUAAAGUUCACCGGGACACUUCCUAUAUAGGAGAAAAACGUCCGGCAUUAGAAAAAACUGGAGAUCUCAGAUAUUUAUGGAGGCCUGCCUCUGACAAAAGCUUCUCAGCGAGAUAUAAACAUGAGUAUGUUGGUGAAAUUGGUUGGAGAAUACCAGAAUAUGAUUUUAUCAACAAAACAAGGCUGGAGACUGGCUUUCACUUCAAGUAUGGAGAAGUAAGUGAAGCUGCUAUUGAUGAAAUAAGCCACAGACACCAAAACCCAUGGCAACCAAAACCUUGUAUUAUGGACGCACUAGGAAAAUACAGUCGUGCUUUUAUUGCCUGGCAUAUGGGUGAUUUUGAGCACACUAAUCAAAGAAAUUCCAAAUGGGCUAUCCUCGUUAGGCAAAGUAAGGCAGCAUUGCCAAGAGCUUCCAGACCACCUAAGUUGCCACAGCUACCCAUAAAGGAGGAGAAAAGGAGACUUUGGUCUCUAAAUCAGCAUCACGCAACUUGCUACUAGAAAGAAAAACUGCCUACAAAUGCAGAACAAAAAUAAGGUCAUGGCAACCCCUAAGUGCUUCUCGUAUUGUCCCUGGGACGGACGUCCUGCUAGAGUAUGCUUCAGUUUAAAGCCCAAAUAAAGAUUUUAGUGAAAA